UUGUCUAUGUCUUCUUUUAGAUUUAGUUCUGCCUUCAAUAAGCUCUCUUAGCUCAGUGGCUAAACCAGGCAUUAUUUGGCUAUGAUGUGACUAGCUCCCGCCAGAUUACGUUUGAAUUGUAUUAUAGGUCGGGGUGACGACAAGGGGGAAACAAGCCAAUCAUAAAUGCAUUCACAGGCUGAAGGAGGAGCCAUCCGGCCUCCUCCAUCAUAUUGACUGGUUGUCAACUUGUCAAUCACCUCGCAUCACCGCUGUACUUUGAUGAGUGACAACCGGGGACUGACAACCGAGACAGACACGCUCACUCGGCAAGCCUGCAUUGGCAUUGAUUAUAAGGAAUGAAUACACGGUCUGGUAAAAUGUCCGAUACCAGUGUUCCCAGCGGCGAUGCGCAAAAUACCGAGAUAAACCCAGGUAGGCCUACUGUCGGGAGAAAGAGAAAGAAGUCAACAGCGGGUACUUCCAGUAAAAAGAAAACUACACCUGUGGACCAUGCUGUUCACAUUGACACCAACGGUGACGAUACUGCGGGAACUGUAGCUCCAACAGCAUUUUUACAUAUCAGGAAGAUGCAGCUUAAGCUCCGUGAGGCCAAGAAAAAGCUGCACACAGUCACAGAAAAAAUCAGUGACCUGACGAAGGAGAGAGACUCCCUCCGCCAACAAGUUGGUCAAAAUACAGAUGACGGUGGGACAAUUGACACAUCUUCCUCGGCAAACUCGUCUCCUGGUGCAUCUUCUCUCUCUUCAUCCUCCAGUCCAUCCAACUCCUCUUCAUCCUCUUCAUCCAGCUCCUCCAGCUCCUCAUCCUCAACUGAUUCUUCAGAUUCAGAUAAUAAGAAAAGACGCAACAAGAAAAAGAAGCACCACCACCAGAGUCACAAGAAAAGAGACAAGAGGAAGAAAAAAGAGAAGAAAAAAACGCAACAUGGCAAGCAGAGAGCACGUCAUCCUGAGGAGGUCAUCAAGAGAUACAGGAAAGUCCUUAAAGCGUACAAGAAAGGAAGAAAGCUGAGUGUGGCAUAUCGAAAGGUCGGUGUCGACCGAAACACUGUCGUCGCCAAUGCCCCGAUCUGUGAGCUGGCUGUUGUGGCCCCGAAAAAAUACAAGGAGUUGCUGGUUACCUAUACACCACAGCAACGACUGCAGGACUUUGCAAAAAAAUGUCUGGAAGUGUUGAUGAAUGAUCCAAACCUUUUGAGGGAUGUUGAGCAUCAAAAGAAAAAGGGAAAACUGAUUCCACUGUCUAAGAAAGCUUAGGUGUUUGUGUCACUGUGGGAUGGUGCCCUAGAGCAGUUCGGUUGUAGCUCAGGUCUGGUUCACUAAGUAUAGAGGCUCCAAGUUGUGCUCCAAGUUCAUAUCAAUAAUGCCAAUGGCUUGAUUUUGAUUUAUUUUGUUUUCUGCCAUGUUUUCUGCCAUGUGAUGGCUCAGUAUGUGUGUUUCUAUACAUUAAACACAAUGUUCAACAUUUCAUCUGUGGUGUUUCUUUGGUCAAAUACAGUACACAGAAAAGCCUAUGGGUGGAACAAGGUUGAGGUACAAAAAUUAGAUAUUUUAAAUUUCACAUCAAAUUUCGGUACCUUGAACUUGUUCCACCCAUUUGCUGUUCUACAGAGUUUCACUGG